GAAUGGGGUAGAAGGCCUGUUGUGGAGGGAAACCACCCAUCCUCCUGCCUCCCACAACCACCAUCAUCCUGGCUGGACGGAGAGGGUGACGGGGGCUGGGAAGGGGCAGCUCAUGUUCAGGUUUCCAGGAGGGGCUACCUGUUGACUGUCUUUGCAGGAAGAAGAAAACACCUGAGUGACCAGAUGUCCCAGCUCCAGGUGCCUUGCCAGAUGGCCAGAACCACACCUCUUGAAGAGUGACAGGUGCCAGUGUGCUGUGAAGCAUGGUUUCUGCACACCUGGAAUGACUGGAACCCCAAAGACUCAAGAAGGAGCUAAAGAUCGUGAAGUAGACAUGAAUAAAACAGAAGUUACUCCCAGGCUGUGGACCACCUGUCGAGAUGGAGAAGUCCUUCUGAGGCUAUCCAAACACGGACCAGGCCAUGAGACCCCGAUGACCAUCCCUGAAUUUUUUCGAGAGUCAGUCAACCGAUUUGGAACUUAUCCAGCCCUUGCAUCCAAGAAUGGCAAAAAGUGGGAAAUUCUGAAUUUCAACCAGUACUACGAGGCUUGUCGGAAGGCUGCAAAAUCCUUGAUCAAGCUGGGUUUGGAGCGUUUCCACGGAGUUGGUAUCCUGGGGUUUAACUCUGCAGAGUGGUUUAUCACUGCUGUUGGUGCCAUCCUAGCCGGGGGUCUUUGUGUUGGUAUUUAUGCCACCAACUCUGCCGAGGCUUGUCAAUAUGUCAUCACUCAUGCCAAAGUGAACAUCUUGCUGGUUGAGAAUGAUCAACAGUUACAGAAAAUCCUUUCGAUUCCACAGAGCAGCCUAGAGCCCCUAAAAGCGAUCAUCCAGUACAGACUGCCAAUGAAGAAGAACAACAACUUGUACUCUUGGGAUGAUUUCAUGGAACUUGGCAGAAGCAUCCCUGACACCCAACUGGAGCAGGUCAUCGAGAGCCACAAGGCGAAUCAAUGCGCAGUGCUCAUCUACACUUCGGGGACCACAGGCAUACCCAAGGGAGUGAUGCUCAGUCAUGACAACAUCACAUGGAUGGCAGGAGCAGUGACAAAGGACUUUAAACUGACAGAAAAGCAUGAGAUGGUGGUUAGCUACCUCCCACUCAGCCAUAUUGCAGCACAGAUGAUGGACAUCUGGGUACCCAUAAAGACUGGGGCGCUCACAUACUUUGCUCAAGCAGAUGCUCUCAAGGGCACCUUGGUAAGUACUCUAAAGGAGGUAAAACCUACUGUCUUCAUUGGAGUGCCUCAAAUUUGGGAGAAGAUACAUGAGACGGUGAAGAAAAAUAGUGCCAAGUCCACAGGCUUGAAGAAGAAGGCAUUCGUGUGGGCAAGAAACAUUGGCUUCAAGGUCAACUCAAAAAAGAUGUUGGGGAAAUACAAUACUCCCGUGAGCUACCGCAUGGCUAAGACUCUCGUGUUCAGCAAAGUCAAGACAUCCCUUGGCUUGGAUCACUGUCACUCUUUUAUCAGUGGGACUGCACCCCUCAACCAAGAGACUGCCGAGUUCUUUCUAAGCUUGGACAUACCUAUAGGGGAGUUGUAUGGGUUGAGUGAAAGCUCGGGACCCCACACAAUAUCCAACCAGAAUAACUACAGGCUUCUAAGCUGUGGCAAGAUCUUGACUGGGUGUAAGAAUAUGCUGUUCCAGCAGAACAAGAAUGGCACUGGGGAGAUCUGCCUCUGGGGUAGGCACAUCUUCAUGGGCUAUCUGGAAAGUGAGACUGAAACUACAGAGGCCAUUGAUGACGAAGGCUGGCUACACUCUGGGGAUCUGGGCCAGCUGGACGGUUUGGGUUUCCUCUAUGUCACCGGCUGCAUCAAAGAAAUCCUUAUCACUGCUGGUGGUGAAAACGUGCCCCCCAUUCCCGUUGAGACCUUGGUUAAGAAGAAGAUCCCCAUCAUCAGUAACGCCAUGUUAGUAGGAGAUAAACUGAAGUUUCUGAGCAUGUUGCUGACGCUGAAGUGUGAGAUGAAUCAGAUGAGCGGAGAACCUCUGGACAAGCUGAACUUCGAGGCCAUCAACUUCUGUCGGGGUCUGGGCAGCCAGGCAUCCACCGUGACUGAGAUUGUGAAGCAGCAAGACCCCCUGGUCUACAAGGCCAUCCAGCAAGGCAUCAAUGCCGUGAACCAGGAAGCCAUGAACAGUGCACAGAAGAUUCAAAAGUGGGUCAUCUUGGAGAAGGACUUUUCCAUCUAUGGUGGAGAGCUAGGUCCAAUGAUGAAACUUAAGAGACAUUUUGUAGCCCAGAAAUACAAAAAACAAAUUGACCACAUGUACCACUGACUGCUUUGAUGGAGCUGCUCUCAGCUGUUCUGAUGCCUUCAGCAGGAAGACCUCAUUGCAAUAAGUGAAAUGCUGCUCUAGGUAGAAGCUCUCCCUGCUGUUUUUAAGAAGCCACAUUCCUCAUUGGUCAGUUUCUUGAUUGUUCGUCUGUUGGAGAGGUGCUCCCUAGAAGAACCUGCCAUACGUUUCAAAGCAAUAAAAUCACUGUAGAUCUUUCUAAGGACCUUCAAGUCAUGACUCCAGGGAAGCCUAUUGGGAAGUCUACUAAAAACUGCCUGAUUUAGAAGAAAGACCUGAACUUGUGGGCUCCCAUUUGAUUUUUUUCUCCUCAGGGGACUUAGACAUUAGAAAGAAAGAGCCUCACAGAUUUGAAGAACUGGACCCCCGAAUCAACUCACCUGCCUGGAAGCAACUGGGAAACCCUUCCAAUAAGUCCUGAUAAUAAAGCACUUCAGGGUCCCAUGUCUUGA